CACGCCAUCACGCCAGUACAGCAUGAAUAACUUAAUGCAAAAUUAGCGUCUCUUCUACAUGUCCAUAACGCAUAGCUGAGCUAAAUAAGAGACCAUGAGAAAUGCAAGGACCGAGAACGAGUAAAACUAGGGGGCGCUGGAAUUCCACGAUUUGCGGGUGCGCAACAGUAUUUUGUAACCGUCCUACCAUUUUCCUCGGUUACACAAAUGUGACCUUGGCUGGAUUUAACCUUGCCCUCACCAUGGCUUGAUUUACCUAUGUCCUCAAAACAGCAGUGAGAUCAUAGUACACAGAUAAAUAUAUCUCACCACAUGGGUCCCGUGUUGUUGACCCAAUAACAACCCUAAAGGCGCGAUAAAUAUUGCAGCGCAGGAUCCUUUUUUCUCAUUUGCUUUGAGUGCCUGGGUUUCGAGUGCUAAAACAGAAUGCCUCUCCCUGUUGGUAGUAAAGUGGCUGGGGUGACGGCAGUGGCAACCCUUACAGGGCUACCGCUGGCAACUGUGACCUUCCUUCGCCUCAAGUACGGUCCUACCGUUUUUGAGGACCUAGCUGCUGUUCGGCAAAGAUGGCGUGUCCAGAAAUUACUGGCCACGCUACAACAGAAGAACACCAAACUCGUCGAUUUCUUCGAGGAACACGCCAAGCAGACACCAGAGAAGGUGUUCAUCUUGUACCAAGACGAGCUGCACACUUACGGAGAAGUGGACAAAGAGGCCAACAAACUGGCUCGAUUUGUGAAGGGAACUAAGGCCGUGAUGUGCUUGGACACUGUAGGGAUAUUCAUGAUGAACGAGCCCAGUUUCAUUAUCUCCUGGUUGGCCUUCAACAAGCUCGGCCUGCGGAUUGCUCUUCUGAACUAUCACCUGAGAGGUGAUGCACUCCUCCAUUGUAUCAAAGCUUGUAAUGUGAAAGCGAUUGCCUGUGGUGAAGAUCAACGUUUGAUGAACUCCAUAGAGGCUAUCCUGCAUGAACUGCAGAUGCUGGGCGUCCGAGUAUGGAUCAUUGGAAACCGGGAGAAACGGAACAUUCCUGAGGGGAUGGUCCGUGUUCAGACGUGGAACGAGCGCAGUGAUCCCAUACCGCUGAGUGAACGCGAGGGCAUGUCUUACUUUGACGACGCGCAGUACAUCUUCACUUCAGGAACGACGGGUCUUCCUAAACCAGCGAAGAUACCUCAUUAUCGCCAAGUCCGGAGUUCCUUCAUACACCAUUCGCUCGGACUGACUAAGGAUGACGUCAUGUACACUCCUCUGCCUCUCUACCACAGCGCAGCCUUAUUAGUGGGACUCCCUAAUCUCAUACGAGUUGGGGGCACCGUAGCUCUGACUAGCUUCUCAGUUCGGAAAUUUUGGGAUGACGUCCGCAGAUACCGCGCCACGGUGAUCCAGUACAUCGGGGAGACUUGCCGUUACCUCCUCGCACAGCCACCGUGCCCCAAUGAUGGCAAGUAUACUCACAAAAUACGCUACGCUAUCGGCAAUGGUAUGAGGCCCGAUGUAUGGGUAGCAUUUCAAAAGCGAUUCAACAUCGGCCACAUUGCUGAAUUGUACGGUGCCACCGAAUUGCCAUUUAUCAUCGUCAACAUGGACGGCAAAGUGGGAAGCGCUGGGAGAUACCAUGGUAUUCUCAGGGCGCUGACCGACUCCUUUGUUAUCGUAGAGUGUGACAUAGAGACAGCUCAACCACUUCGUGGUCCAGACGGCAAAUGCAUUCUCAUGCCUCCAGGGGAAACUGGUCUUAUGCUUGUUCGUCUGGAUAAUAGUACAAUGCGUUUCGACGGAUACCUUGGUGACAGUUCAUUAACCGAAAAGAAACUGGUUCGAAAUGUGACGAAAGAUGGCGACUCGUUUAUCAACACUGGCGAUCUGAUGGUACACGACAAGGAUGGUUACCUGUAUUUCAAAGACCGACUUGGAGACACGUUCAGAUGGAAAGGCGAGAAUGUUGCAACGACAGAAGUAGCUCAUAUGCUAAACCAGUACUCAGGUGUACAAGAGGCUAACGUGUAUGGCGUACGGGUCCCAGGUCACGACGGCAGAGCAGGAAUGGCCGCAAUCGUUUUCAGGAAGACAAGUCACCUUGACCCCAAGGCCCUCUACGAUCACGUGGUCAGGUCACUGCCGCUCUACGCAUGUCCAAAGUUUCUGCGAAUUAUGGAAGAGAUGAACAUCACGGAUACAUUCAAGCAGAAGAAGACAGACCUCGCCCGAGAGGGAUUUGACCCCAAUGUCAUAUCAGACCCUCUCUUUUUCAUGGAUGAGGAGAAAAAGACUUACGCACCCUUGGACGAUGAGGCCGUGCAAAAAAUUGUCGUAGGAAAAGCCAGGCUAUGAUAUGCAUUUUGAAUACGUAAUUAUAUUUCGCUGUGGAAGCAAUGGUUGCUCUACUCCUGCACUGUCACGUCAAAAUAGAAUACAUUGUACAUAUAUAUCCAUUUCUUAGCCGAUGUCCAAAACUGGGAUUUCCUCCUAAACGACUGUCACGUUUUUAUUUCAUCCAUUUAAGAAUCGGGCCUUCGUCCCCUUCAAAGUAAGAAGUGUAGCGGUUUCGACUCCUUAAAAACUUACUCUAGCCGGAGUGAAUUUUUCUGCAACUUUGUAAUCUUUUUCAAUGAAUGAAAACUGUGUUAUACUCCUAUUUGGUUAAAUGCACAAACACCUUUUAAACAAUUUAUUACCCAUGCUUUCCAGAACAUACGUGAGGGCGCUGUUGCUGUGCCAUCCACGGAAGACAUGCAAUGGCAUAGGUUUUUCUGCAAACAUUUUGAACCCAGAAUUUACUGACUGAAAACGUUUUAAAGAAAUGUAUUGAUGCUCACGUUUUGCU